CCAUAACCGCUUCCUACGACUGCCAUUGCCCCUUCGACUCUCAUCGACUCAUCCCCUCAAAGACCACGAAGGCACGAGCUCCUUCCCCCUCUACAUAUCGCGCUGAGACAAGUCGGUAAAUCAAUGUCAAUCCGAUUCAAAUUUCGAAGCUCCGCGAUUUUCGACUCCGUCGACCUCGAAGGACGGCAGUCGAUCUCGGUUCGGGAGCUGAGGUUGAAGAUCAUCCGCAAUAAGAAUCUUAAUAUUUGUCAGGACUUUGACCUCGUGUUUUCCGAUUCCGUGACUGGUGAAGAAUACGAUGAUGAUAAUUUUCAAAUUCCGAGUGGUGCGUGUAUAAUUGUUAAGAGGGUUCCUGCUGGUACAGUGCCUUCUGCUAAUGCGGUGCCUCCUGCCAUGAUAAGUGACUUGACUAAGCAGGGUCGUGAUUGUUUAAAUCCAUUAGUGCUAUGUGAAUCAGAUCAUGAACGCAUUAAGAGAAACUCAUGUGUUGACUUUGACAGGGCAGGCCUGCCUGGCUCAAGGUUUGAUUGUCAAAAUCAUGAGUCUAGUGACUUAAGUCAAGCGAUUUAUAAAGGUUCUGAUGAUCACAUGCGUGAACGGGAUGUGGUGCAAGCAAGAGCUGAAGGCAAGAAGUUUGAAAAAGGACAUGCUGAUUUGCCAGUAGAACUCAAAUGCCCACUUUGCAACACAUUUUUCAAGGAGGCCGUGCUUAUACCUUGCUGCCAGCAUAGUUUUUGUAAAAAAUGUAUUAGCAAUAAUCUCCUUGAGAAGAAAGUUUGCCCAAUAUGUUCCUCCACUAAAUGUAGUGUGGAUGAUUUGCUCCCUAACUUAUCUCUUAGACAAGCAAUUGAGCAUUUUCUUGGCUCUCGCUCACCGAAUAAUCUGUGUCAACUUGUUCCUGAUGGGGAGUCUGGAAUUCAUGCUAGGGAAAUUUCGUGUGCUAUAACUGUUAUCCAACGGGAACCUGAAAUGCCUCAUUCUCCCUCAGCUACUGGACAUGGAUCAAAUCAAGUUUUGACAGAUACAUUUUAUGCGCCACUUAGGAGAAGCACACUACAGAACAUGCACGGUGUAGCUGCAGAUGGAGGAGACCAGCUUCUUAAUUUAUGUAACACCCAUGUUCACGAUGAAGCAGAAUCUACCAUGAAGAGGAACGAACGGCCAUAUGUCCGCACAGGAGGCCUACAGACGAAGUGUUGGGCUACUGGUAGGCUUAAACAGGUUGGGCGCACUUGUUACAUUUGUGGUUCUCCGGAACAUCUUAUGAAAGAGUGUCCUUCAAAUUGUCAUCUCAUGCCUCCGUCAGGAAAUCAUAUGCCUAUGGGAGGGAUGCCAGGCUAUGCAUCGCCAUAUUGGAACAGCACUAUGUAUUCUCCAUUCGCACAUAUGUAUGGGAAUCCUGGAAUGAUGCCUUUCAAUCCAGCUGUUAUUCCUACUGCAAACUUUGGUGCUUCUCCCUACAUGCCUAUGAUGCAUAGUGGAAUACCAUUUAACGAAGUUGUAAGAAAAGACAGCAGUAUGGCAUAUUUGGCUGGAAACCAUGCUGAACAGCUGUUACACCAACAUGAGUGUCUUCCAAACUCAGACAAAUUUAGAGGAAGGCACUGUGAUGAUAAAUAUGAGAAAGAACGGCUUCAGUACAAACAUCCUAUAGACAGGCAGGCAAGUACAAGUAACUCAGAUGACAGUUUUGAUCGAAGAUCAAAGAGGAAACAUCAUCACGUUGACAGAAAAUGUGAUAAAAGUCCUCACUCUUUCAGUGCUGGAAGGGACAAAGCAUUGCUUCAUGCUGCGAGGUCAAAGUCCUGCUUCGAGGAUAAGCGUGAAUACCGCCAUAGUAGAGACACUAGAAAACAUUAUGAGAGAAGGGGACAUAGUGGCAGUGAUUCUAGUUGGGGUCAACACCAUCAUGUCCCAAAAGACGAAUCUGAGCGUGAUUCCAGUCAUAAUUAUAGGCACCAUGAUAAGCACCACAGGAAUGAACUGCUUGAUGAGAGAAAGGAAAUGUUUGAUGGCUUGUAUGGAGAUUGUAGAGCUGAUUACUCUCAUCACAAAAGAAAAAGAGCCUAAUAGAAGUUGUGAGGAAGCACAAACAUCAUUAUAGGUGAAUGAUCUGGUUUACUUUCAGUUUGCCAAGGUACUGUGUAUAAGGUUGUUUUGUGGUGGUUCUAGCUUAUAGUUUUGAUCAAUGAGCUCCAUAUAUUAAGAUAUACCUAUAAUUAUAUUGGUAUGAAUAUGUUUAUAUACGGGAUUAUUAAAAUGCAUAGGUAUUCUAGGGUCUAAUUUCAAUCUCUGAUUGGCUAUGUGAUACAGAUCCGUUAAAAAGAAGUCCGCUUUUGGACAGUAACAUUUUUUACUAACCUUUAUUUAAAAUUUGCUUACUAAUCCUAUUCACUUCUUUAGUGUGGAAUAUGGAUGCUAGCAAAGGUUUAUAACCAGAACACAUUCUGGUUAGUCAUUAGUUUGGAUCCAUUUUAUAAGCUGCCCAACCACCGCCUACGAAAAGGUAAUGUAGCUGAUCGAGGUAUGUUCUCUAUUAUAAUCAUGGCAAUUUAUCCAGUGUUUUCACACUUAAUAGAGUUCUGCUCGGCACUUUGGGAGUUCUCUAUUCUCUGCAAAAUUAUGGCUCCUUCCUGCAAAGGCUAUAGUUUCUGUUUCUUUUUCCCUUCUCUUCUCUUCCAUCUAUGAUUCUAUAUAGAUCUUCUAAGGCUCGUUUUGUCCAUCAAAUAUUCAUUUAUUCUUUUUUACCUCCAUCUGCUGAAAAUUUAAUAUUACCUGUUUGUUUUUUGGUUGAAAAUGUAUUUUUUUUUUAAAUGUUCAACAAUGAUGUACUUCCAUUAUCCCAAAAUUAGUUAUGUAUGUGAUGUGGUUUUAAGUAUUUUAAAGGAGGCAUUUUUUGGGUGGUGGUACUGUGGUAGUAAUUUUUUAUGCCUUUUAAGUAUCAAAUGACCAUUUUUUUGGGGUAGCGGGAGGGUGGGGUGGGGGGGCAUCACUCCCCAUUCAUGCUCUGGAAGUAUCUACAUUGUUGUACUCCAUUACGUUUUUGUUUUAUAUAAAUUUUACUCCGUAUUAUUUAUGUAGUUGGAUUUUUUAAGGGGAGCCUGGCGCACCGGUUCCGGUGUUGCCGUGUGACCGAGAGGUCACGGUUUAAGCCUUGGGAAUAGCCUCUUGUCAUAAUGACGAGGGGAGGUUUGCUCCACACCCUUGUGCCGGGACCCUUCCCCGGACCCUCGCUUUGCGGGGACGAUGAUGUGCACCGGUCUGUCAAAAAAGUAUUUUUUUUUUUGUUUUAAAAAUUGGGGAUGAGAUUUUUUGUUUCCCCACAUUUAAGAUGAGAUUUUUUCAACAACACAGUACACAACUUUGUACACGCGUUCUUCAAGUUUGUAAAUGCUGUCCCACACAACUUUUUUGCCCGAAAAAAGUUCAUACUAUUUUUUGAUCGUCUACCUUGUGUUGUUGAAAACUGUCACUUUUCUAUCUCUUUCAAUUACACAAUUCCUGUUGCAAUUUUUUUUUUGCCCCCAUCCACUUCCUUGAGUUGAAACCCGAAUACUUUGUAGUUGAUAUCCCUUCACUAUGGUCUAGAUUUAGUUAGAAUGGGACUAUGGGAGUCUAGCACAAUGCUACAAAGUGUUCGUCAUAUGAUUGUGAACUCGUUGGUUAGGUUUUGGAAACUAUCCUGAGGUUAUGUCAGCUCAUCAAGCUUUGGUGGCUUUAUCCUAUUCCUUUCCUGACAGAGGUCACACGGGUCGGUGGAUAGGCUAAUCAGUGGGGCGAGUCUAAGUCGGAAUUGACAAUUACAUAUGUGUAUGUGUUUGAAAAUAAUACUCAGACCCAUACACCAGACCUUGAGGGUAGCCCUUUCAUGUUAGACUCUUUCAGGAUUGGAUUUAGAUUCUAAAAGCUUCAAAGAUUUGCAUAUCAUAUUGGACAUAUUCUUAUCCAGAUUUUUUUUCCAUUUAGAUUGACAAGCAUAAAUAAAUAAUUUUUUUGCAUCAAUCUUCAAAGAUCUAAAUCUUUUUGUUCAUCUCGAUAAAAUAGCUUCAAAGAUUUGCAUAUUAUAUUCCAUUCCAGAUUUUGAUUCCAUUUAGAUUGACACAAGCCUAUAUAAAUGAAGUUUUGCCAGUUAUAAAACAUUGUAGUCAUCUUUAUUUUUAAUUUAAUUAUGACGUUUCUAAUGCAAUCUCUAUAAAAACAUAAAACAAAAACAUCACAUAUAAGUAUGACAUUCAAUAAAAACAUAAACAUUGUAGCCAUCUUUAUUUCUAAUUUAAUUAUGACAUUCUAAUGCAGUUCCGGUGCUACUAUUUGAUGUUAUGACAUUCAAUUCAUCAUUUUCAAAUGCAGAUUAUUUAUAUAUUUAAUUAAAAUCAUAUAUUUUUUAUGUUAUUAUUUAAUUAUACCAUGUCCAACAAUUAAAUAUCUUUGAUCUUGGCCAUGUUUGAAAUUUUAAAGUUCAUUCUACUUUGGUAAGGCAGAAUUGAAUCUACAUUUAUACUCGCAAAAUUUGUGAUGGUUCUGAGUUCGGUUCUAGUUCAACCUUCUCAGGAAAUGGAUAGGUGGGGGUGGGGGGUGAAAGAAAAAAAUGGUGGGAUCAAUUUGUGAUCAGGAUAAACAAAAUGAUAAGAGGGAAAGUAAGUGGAGAGAAUCCUAGCUGUAUGAGUGGAAGUGCCUUGUUUUGAUCUGAAUUCUAACACAAUUCAAUCACAAUUCAUGGAUGUAGGCAAUUCAUAGAUGGGUGAUGUAUAUCGUAUGAUGAUACUUUAGUUGUAUCUUUGCCUAGUAGUGACUUGAUAGUUGAUACUGAGAAGUCUUGGAAGUGUGGAUUGAUGUGGGAUUCCUAGUUUCUCGGUUCAUUCCCCCUUUCCUUUGGGGCAGUGCCAGCGUGUUAUAUUUAUUUAGCAUAGCUUUAAGAAUGGCUAGUGGGAUAGGAAGCAUGUUCAUUUUUUUUAUUGUGAAUGUGGAUUUAAAUUAGGCUCUAUUUAGUUUCACGUAUUUGAGAAUUUUAGAUGUCAAUUGAGUCUGCCAUUAGGUUUGAAUUUGGUGAAAAGUAAUACUCCUGAUCACAUAAAUCUUUAUCUUGAUAAGAGGGAGACCAAGUGGAGGGAGACUCAAUUUCAGUUCACAAGGGUGAAGUGCAUCAUAGCAAAAUAUUGAAUAAGACAAUUCAAGUAUAUUUUGUUUAAUAGUUUUGAUGGGUAUAUAAUAUACUUAAGCCAUCGAUGAUAACUGUGAUGAUUAAAUAUUUUUUUAAUUAUUUGAUGGUUCACUUGGCAUUUAAAAGUGUUAAUUGUUUUCAAAUAGAACCAUGGGACAGAGGGAAUGUAUUUUAAGAUAAAUGAUUAUGGGGUUGCUGUUUGAUAACCCCAAAUAUUUUUUAGCAACAUUGUUCUUUUAAAUAGAUUAAGAGCCAAUCUAGUCGGUAAACCUUUCAAAACAGACACUGAUACAACAACUCUAUCGAGAAGUUGAACAUGUCUCAAAAGGAUGAAAAAUCAUACACAAACAAAACUACCCGCCCACAAGAACCAUCACACCGGCCAACACACUAGCUUCAACCCUGGCAACACAAGAUAAGGAUGAUCUGCUGCACUAAGAACCUCCGCACCAGACCACGAGGUUCUAACUUCCAAGUCAAAUUGAGGUGCCACAAAUAACCUCAACACACUCCACUGAUGGGAAUUUAAAGAUCCUAGUAAGUAAUUAAGUUUGAUCAAAACAUCAUAAUAUUAAGGAUACCGAAGAUCACAUUAUUCAACGCUGAAAAUUAACACGGAGACGAUUCAAUAAAGAGGAUUGGUAAUCCAAAAACAAUUCUGGUCGAGAAAAGCCGCACUUCAGGAGGAGAAUUUGAUGACAACUUGGACCUAUCAAUUCCAGAAUGGACAGAAAUCCUUCACAGCUUCUUCCAAAAAGUUAAGAUAGUGUAGAAAGCUGUUGCGAACCAACACAACAUGUUGGCAUCGCAAGAGAAUCUGGGUGCAGUAAAGCAGAAUUGUCUGGUGGGACUUCAAUUUUUUACCCGUGGAGAUUGCACUCGAAUUGAAAAAAUACCUAGACAGGGGCUCUCAAAUUAAGGACGAAUAAGAGGGUUUCACUACAAUUGUUUCAAGAAAAGAAAUGAACAACAAUUUCAAGAUUAUUACAUGGGAUAUGACAAUGAUCAGAAUCAAAUCCACCAACCCGUGAUCACCAGCGAAGAGGCAAAAUCACUACAAGUAGAUGAUGAGAUCAUGAAAUACCAAGAAGAAUUCGAAUUCCAAUCGCCAUAUAAGCUUGUCAAAGGACUGACAAGAUACAUGUUUUUCAAAUUGAGUACAUACAGCGCGCCAUAAAGUUCCACAUCAAAUUCAACAAAGAGCUAUCCACUCAAGCAGGACUUUCCACUACCUUUAAUAUUUAAUAUCCUUAUUUUUUCUCCCUUCAUUAAUUGUAUCUCUUCAUAUUUUUGUUAACAUUUUUGGGUAAGACUUAUGCCCCCUUUUUCUUGUACUCGCACCUGCUAAUUUAAUAAAUAAGGUAAUUGUUUCUAA